GCAAAUUAACUGUCUCUCCGCUGUUUCCGUAAAUAUUUUGACCAUCUGGCACGGAUGGGAACUAGCGUAGGGCCUUUUGACGGCCGCCGCGCACGAAGAACGAGAUGUCAAGCAUGCGCAAAGCGGAAGAUCAAGUGCGCUGGUGGUGCUCCUUGUGAUUAUUGCAAGCGAACGCAACAGCCGUGUGUUUUCUCAGCUCGUCGUCCAGCGGCGCUCGUCUUUGUUGGCCAUGGCCAGGGUCCUAAAGCUCAGCCAGUAAUUCACCUCGAUCGCAAUCUGACAUACUUCUUCGACUACUUUCUGGCCAUGAAUUCCUUCUCCAGAAAUAAUGCAUCAUGGCAGAAGGAAUUGCAGCUUUUCUUGCACCGAUCGCCUGCCCUGAGCAGUGCCGUCUCCGCCAUCGCUGCGCUUUAUCGUUGUCGACAUGAACGAUUGCUGUUGGACACGACACAGGUCAGGCAGGACCGACUCCAAGCACUCCAGUCAUAUACUCAGGCUGUGAAAUUGGUCCGGGCCGCUAUUACAUCCAACACACUAGCAGACCCUGUCAUGUUGUGGUCGACGUUCUUCCUAGCUUUGUUUGAGUUGAUGCGGGACAGCUCUGGAACAGACUGGCUGUCGCAUUUUCUGAACGGUACAUGUGCAAUCCUUCGUCUGCAGAGUCCGGAAAACCUACUGCUCGCGAACCCAGCUGCUAGCCACACACGCAACUUCUUUUUCACUACUCGCAUCUUCGAGAUCGCACGGGCGUUGAUAUAUUCCCAGCCCACAUUUCUGAGUGGGCCGGAUUGGACCCAUGCGCUGUCGCAAUGGUGGAGCUGCGAAGAGGGCCAAAGGCUGUGGCAUCCCAAGGAAGCCCUGUUCGAUAAGCUGCCACAUUUCUGUGACUUGAGUAUACGCACCUUGCAUUUUGCUAAAACUGGAGAACUGGAUUUGGAUUCAAGACUGCAUCAUGCAGAGACUCAAAUGCUUGCUGAUGAGGGCAUUGUGUUGCAGCAAUGGUUGCAGCAAUGGUGGGUAUCUACUGAAUUAUAUGAGAGGAAGACUACCGAAGCCGAAACUGAUUUUCUCGUCGCAAAAAACUAUUAUCAUGCCAUCAGUAUCUACCUUUCAGGGUCUUAUGAUUACCACAGCCACUGGAGUAAGCCCAAUUCACCACAGGCUCCAAUACUCAGCAGAUUAAGCAUUGAAGGGCAUAUGCAUGAAAUCCUUCGACUCAGCCAGGAAUUGCUAGACCGUGGAGUCGCUGGUCUUCUUCUUUUCAUUCCACUUCGCAUCGCAGGAGCUCGGGUCUCCAAGGCACAAGAACAAGACCUUAUCCUUCAACUGCUACGAACCAUAUCGGAACGUGGAUACGCUGUUGCAAGCGCAAUCCAUGUAGACCUUAUCGAAUUGUGGGAGAGAAGGAUUAAUAAGAGUUGAAACUGUCUCUACGAGUUUUCGACGCGAAGGAUCAUUGCGCCGUCCGGUACGGUAUGCGGUGAAGGUUCGACCGUACCCGGUAACCUGCAUGGACGCGCAAUGACCUAGGACGCGCAAUG